AUGGAGCGCUCCAAUGGCUCUGGAACCAGCGAACCCACCAAACCGACAAACCACCAGUUGGAUAAGAAACGGUUAAACCGAGCACCGUCCCCGGCCAGGCCGUUCCUGAAGGAUGUCCACUCCUCCCGCUCCUCGCCCAAACCAACGGCUAUCGUACCAAAAUCCCCCAAACUGACCAAGCAGCAGCACUCUUCUCCUGUGCCCGUAUCAUCCAAUCAAAGCCGCAUCACCAGGCGCACCGCAACCGGAGCGAAGGACAACAAACUAGCCGCUGUGAAAAGUCACAGCACCAAGUCCUCCGCCGUCACGAAAAAGACCGUUAAGGUCAUCCAACAUGCAGCCCCGGAGCAUAAAACGACCACCGCCAGCAAACCGCUCCCGGGCAGCAGCAGCAGUCCACACCUCGCCCUCAAAGCAAAGAAGAAGAGUAAAAUAGCCGCUCUGGCCGCGUCUCACCGCGGCCCGCCCAGCCAUGGCUCCCCAAUCCGCGUCCCAACCGGUGCUACCCACUUCGGCAGGGUCAGUCUCAGUCAGACGGACAGCAGCUCCGAUCUCUCCGACUGUCCCUCCGAGCCCCUAUCCGACGAACAACGCCUGGCCGCGGCCGCCAGCAGCGAUGGGGAGUCGGAGGGCUCUGAGGCCAGCGACAGGGAUCAGGUGGGAGCGGAUUAUCCUCUGCAGGCAGGAGCGUCGGCGUCAGACGCGGCAGGGGCUACUGCUAGUCGUGGUGGGGCUUCAUUGCGCGCCGCGGAGGGUAGCGCUGCGGGUGUGAUAGUGGCAGCAGCGGGGAAAAGCGGCAUGUCUCAGGCUCCAGGAGCAGGUGCUCACGGUCACGGAGGAGAUGGGAGUAAACAGGAGAAAUCCUCAACAAGCGCACAAUUUAUGAAACUGGAAUACAGCAAGGAGAUCAUCGAGGAGGAUUUGUUACGGGAAAUUGAAGAUCUUCGUUCUGAAAACGACUACCUCAAGGUAAAAGAGGCUGUGGGAAUGAUUUCUAUUUCUCAAAAGUUAUCAUGUUGUCUCUUAUUUUAUUGCAAUGCAUCGUGUGUAAUCCAUGCUGGUGUUUCUGCAUCGCCAAUGACUGUAGUCCGUGUAGGCUGCCCUCAUUAGCUCUAUUGAUUAUAGUGUUAUCUUUGCAGCCAGUGAUUCACUGUAUCACAGUUUGAAUCACUUCAUGUGAUCCCCUCAGAUCCUCACUGUUGGUUUGCAGUGACAUUUACCUGCUAUUCACCUGCUAUUCCUUGAUGGCUCCUGUUGAUAUAGUUGACUACCCUCUGGUUGUGUGAAGGAACCUAGUAGUCUACUCUGGACUUUAUGUUACCAUCAGGUUAUUUCUGUUCUCAUCAUUUAAAUAAUAAUAAUAUGCCAUUUAGCAGACGCUUUUAUCCAAAGCGACUUACAGUCAUGUGCGCAUAAAUUUUUACGUAUGGGUGGUCCCGGGGAUCGAACCCACUAUCCUGGCGUUACAAGCGCCGUGCUCUACCAGCUGAGCUACAGAUAAUUUAAAUCAAGCCCCCGUGUAGCUCAGUUGGAAGAGCAUGGCGUUUGCAACGCCAGGGUUGUGGGUUCGAUUCCCACGGGGGGCCAGUAUGAAAAUGUAUGCACUCACUAACUGUAAGACGCUCUAGAUAAGAGCGUCUGCUAAAUGACUGAAAUGUGAAAUGACUGAAAUGUGAAAUGUAAAUGUCUUUCAUCAUACAAUUUUUUUUAACGUAAUAAUAAUCUUGUUCUUUGUCAAUCUCAUAUUGCAAAGAAAGUGAAUAGUUUUUGAAUGGUCCAAAAUAUAUUUCUGCUAAAUUAAAUAGAUUUUGAAUGGUCCAAAAUAUCUUUCCUCUAAAUUAAACAGAUUUUGAAUGGUCCAAAAUAUCUUUCCUCUAAAUUAAACAGAUUUUGAAUGGUCAAAAAUAUAUUUCCUCUAAAUUAAACAGAUUUUGAAUGGUCCAAAAUAUCUUUCCUCUAAAUUAAACAGAUAUUGAAUGGUCAAAAAUAUCUGUUCUCUAAAUUAAAUAGAUUUUGAAUGGUCAAAAAUAUAUUUCCUCUAAAUUAAAUAGAUUUUGAAUGGUCAAAAAUGUAUUUCCUCUAAUUUGGAUGACAUCCAAAGGAUUCUUCUCUUGCUACAUGAAAUCCAAUUUUAAAUGUUCAUACGAACCAUUUUUCCAACAUGGGCUUUAGGCAAUGUAGGUUAUAUAUUCAGAUAACAAGUUGGGGAGGAGGAGGAGGAGGAGGAGGAGAAAAGGGGAUAAUGCGGCAUCAUUUUCCAGUUUCAGUUAAAUGAAUGGAUGGAUUCAUAUGCAUCAUGUCUGUCUGUCACUGUGGGAUUGUCCUAACUUGAUCACAGCUCACGCUAGCUCUCUGUUCAUAAAGCGAUAAUCAGCUUUAGCUCCUCUCCUCUCCUCUCCUCUCCUCUCCUCUCCUCCUCCUCCUCUCUUCCCAUAGGACUGAUAACUGUCAGAUGUCCCAUGUGUUGUCAGAGGUUCAAACCGUUCUAUGUGUCUCUGUCUGUUAGUCUGCCAGCUGGGGCCACAGUCACACACUCUCUCUCCUCUCCUCCCUCUGUCUGUUAGUCUGCCAGCUGGGGCCACAGUCACACUCUCUCUCUCCUCUCCUCCCUCUGUCUGUUAGUCUGCCAGCUGGGGCCACAGUCACACACUCUCUCUCCUCUCCUCCCUCUGUCUGUUAGUCUGCCAGCUGGGGCCACAGUCACACUCUCUCUCUCCUCUCCUCCCUCUGUCUGUUAGUCUGCCAGCUGGGGCCACAGUCACACUCUCUCUCCCUCUCCUCCCUCUGUCUGUUAGUCUGCCAGCUGGGGCCACAGUCACACACUCUCUCUCCUCUCCUCCCUCUGUUUGUUAGUCUGCCAGCUGGGGCCACAGUCACACUCUCUCUCCUCUCCUCCCUCUGUCUGUUAGUCUGCCAGCUGGGGCCACAGUCACACUCUCUCUCCUCUCCUCCCUCUGUCUGUUAGUCUGCCAGCUGGGGCCACAGUCACUCUCUCUCUCCUCUCCUCUCCUCCCUCUGUCUGAUAGUCUGCCAGCUGGGGCCACAGUCACACACUCUCUCUCCUCUCCUCCCUCUGUCUGUUUAGUCUGCCAGCUGGGGGCCACAGUCACACUCUCUCUCCCUCUCCUCCCUCUGUCCUGUUAGUCUGGCCAGCUGGGGCCACAGUCCCACUCUCGCUUCCUCUCCUCCCUCUGGUCUGUUAGUCUGCCACUGGGGCCACAGUCACACUCUCUCUCUCUCCUCUCCUCCCUCUGUCUGUUAGUCUGCCAGCUGGGGCCACAGUCACACUCUCUCUCCUCCCUCUGUCUGUUAGUCUGCCAGCUGUGGCCACAGUCACACUCUCUCUCCUCUCCUCCCUCUGUCUGUUAGUCUGCCAGCUGGGCCACAGUCACACUCUCCUCUCCUCCUCUCCUCCCUCUGUCCUGUUAGUCUGUGCCAGCUGGGGCCACAGUCCACACUCUCUCUCUCUCUCCUCUCCCUCCCCUCUGUCUGUUAGUCCUGCCAGCUGGGGCCACAGUCACACUCUCUCUCUCCCUCUCCUCCCUCUGUCUGUUAGUCUGCCAGCUGGGGCCACAGUCACACUCCUCUCUCUCCUCUCCUCCCUCUGUCUGUUAGUCUGCCAGCUGGGGCCACAGUCACACUCUCUCUCCUCUCCUCCCUCUGUCUGUUAGUCCUGCCAGCUGGGGCCACAGUCACACUCUCUCUCCUCUCCUCCCUCUGUCUGUUAGUCUGCCAGCUGGGGCCACAGUCACACUCUCUCUCCUCUCCUCCCUCUGUCUGUUAGUCUGCCAGCUGGGGCCACAGUCACACUCUCUCUCUCCUCUCCUCCCUCUGUCUGUUAGUCUGCCAGCUGGGGCCACAGUCACACACUCUCUCCUCCUCUCCUCCCUCUGUCUGUUAGUCUGCCAGCUGGGGCCACAGUCACACACUCUCUCUCCUCUCCUCCCUCUGUCUGUUAGUCUGCCACUGGGGCCACAGUCACACUCUCUCCUCUCCUCCCUCUGUCUGUUAGUCUGCCAGCUGGGGCCACAGUCACACACUCUCUCUCCUCUCCUCCCUCUGUCUGUUAGUCUGCCAGCUGGGGCCACAGUCACACUCUCUCUCCUCUCCUCCCUCUGUCUGUUAGUCUGCCCAGCUGGGGGCCACAGUCACACUCUCUCUCCUCUCCUCCCUCUGUCGUUAGUCUGCCAGCUGGGGCCACAGUCACACACUCUCUCUCCUCUCCUCCCUCUGUCCUCUUCCCACUUCUGACUCUCUCUCUCCUCUCCUCCCUCUGUCCUCUUCCCACUUCUGUCUCUGUCUCUCUCUCUCUCUCUCUCUCUCUCUCUCUCUCUCCUCCUCCUCAUCUCUCUCUCUCUCUCUCUGUCCUCUUCCCACUUCUGUCUCUGUCUCUCUCUCUCUCUCUCCUCUCCUCCCUCUGUCCUCUUCCCACUUCUGUCUCUGUCUCUGUCUCUCUCACUCUCACUCUCACUCUGUCCUCUUCCCACUUCUGUCUCUGUCUCUCGCUCUCUCUCUCACUCUCUCUCUCGCUCUCUCUCUUGCUCUUGCUCUCUCUCCGCCCCACUUCACAACACAAACACAGUUCAGGCUUCUCUCUUCCCUUCCUGCAACAUAAUACAUUCACCAAAAUCAUUAUGAGGAAAUGGAUUAUUCGGGAGGACAGAAAAGGAAGAUAAAUGAAAGUGCAGAAGCGCAUGGUGCUAGGCUAUAGGUCUGUGUGUUUUUAGACUCUCAGGUCUUCUUUAUCAGGAUGGGUUGAUAAUGUUUAGGGUCACGUCAUCAGUACUGUGAUAUAGCACAUUGACACCCUUUACACUAAUCACCCUUUCCACUUCAAGUCAGUGCAUUGACAAGCAGAUUCCAGAGCAGUCGCUAUCCACCAUGUGCAUCAAACAUCAAACAAUAUUAGCUCAGUAACUGAAUACUUGAUUGACUGUCAAAGCUAAUAACAGUCCAGAAAGGAUUUACUAAUGUUGUAAACUACUACUUUUUCAUCAUCAACAACAACAACAACAACCAUGAAAGCUAUUAUUGAUCUCAGAUAGCCCUAUCAUCAGACAGACUGAAUCAAUGUAUCUUGUUUCAGAUAGGCCUAUCAUCAGACAGACUGAAUCAAUAUAUCUUAUCUGUCUAUUGAUUUAGUAUCUCUCUGUAUCUCUGUGUGUCUCUGUGUCUCUCCUCUCUCUGUGUGUCCCCUGUUUCCUCUGUGUCCUUUUUCUCUUGUGCCCCUGUUGUCUCUCCCCUCUCUGGUUCUCUGUGGUUCCUUCUCGUGUUCUCGUGUGUCCCCCUUUUUUUCCUUUUCUCUGUGUUCUCUGUUUCUCUCCCUCUCUGUGUGUUCUUUGUCUCUCCCCUUUUCUGUGUUCCUGUUCCUGUUCUCUUUCUCUGUGUGUCCUUUUCUUCUUUGUCUCUUUUGUCUCUGUGAUUCUUGUCCUUUGUUUUCCCUGUUUUCUCUUGUAUCUCUGGUUCUCUUUCCCUCUCCCUGUGUCCUCUGUUCUCUCUGUUCCUCUCGUGUUCGUGUUCUCUUUUUGUUCUCCCCCUCUUCUGUGUUCUCUGUUGCCCCUGUGUUCUCUUGUGUUCUCCUCCUCUGUGUUCUUUUGUUGUCUCUGUGUUCUCUUUUGUCCUCCCCCUUUUGGUUCCCCUGUGGCUCGUGUGUUUUCUUUGUCCCUCCUCUCUCUGUGUGGGGUCUGUGUGCCUCUGUUUUUGGGCUUGUGUCCUCCUUCCUGUGUUCUUUGGGGUUUUUUUUGGGAUUUUUUCUGGUGUUUUUCCUUUUUUUCUUAUUUUUGUUCUGUGUGGCCUGUUUUUCUCUGUGUUUUGUGUGUCUCUUUUUUUUUUUUCCUUCUUGUUGUUUUUUGUUUUUUGUGUGUUCUGUGGUUCUUUUUGUGUUUUGUGGGGUUUUCUGUGUUCCUCCCUCUCCCUCUGUGUGUCCCUGGUGUUCUGUUUCUCUGUGUUCUCUGUGUAUCUCUGUGUUCUCUUUUUGGCUCUUUGUUCGGCUCUCCUCUCCGGGUUUGUUCUCUGUGUUCUUGUGUCUCUGGGGUUUUCCCCUUUUCUCUUGGUCUCUUCCCUUUUGUGUUCUGUGUUCUCUCCUCUCUCUGUGUUUUCUUUUUUUUUCCUCUCUCUUUUUUCUCUUUUCUCCUGUGUUUUUGCCCCGUGUCUCUUUUUUCCCUCUCUCUGUGUAUUUUGUGAUCCGUGGUCUCCUUUUCUCUGUGGGUCUCUGUUUCUCUCCCUCUCUGGGUUUUCUCUGUGUUCUCUGUUUGGGAUCCUGGGCUCGGUGCCCCCUCCUCUCUCUGUGUAUCUUUUUGAUCUCUGUGUUCUCCCGGGGGUUCUCCUCUCUUUUUUGUGUCUCUGUUGUCUCUCCUCUCUCUGUUAUCUCUGUGAUCUCUGUCUUUUUUUCUCUCCUUUUCUGUGUGUCUCUUUUCCCCUUCUCUGUGUCCCUUUUCUUCUGGUUCUCGGGGGUUCCUUGGUUCCCCCUUGCUGCUCUGUGUAUCUCUGUGUUCCUGUUGUCUCUUUUUCCUGUGUAUCUCUGUGUAUCUCUUUUCCUCCUCCCUUCUCUGUGUGUCUCGUGUGUCCUGUGGCCCCCUUUUUUUUGUUCCUGUGUUUUCUGGUUUUGGCUCUUUCUCUUCCCCCUCUGUGGGGUUUUUUUGUCCUCUCCCUCCUUUGUAUCUUGGUGUUCUUUCUUUGUUUCUCUCCUCCCCCUUUGUUUCUUACUCGUUUUUUCCCUUGUUUCCUGGGGGUCUCUCCCCCCCUCUCUUGUUGUGUCUCUGUGGUGGGCUCUCCUCUCUCUGUGUCUCUCCUUCUCUGUGUUCUUGGUGUGUCCCCUUGUGUCUCUGUGUUCUCUGUGUUGUUCUUGGGGUUCUCUGUUGUCUCUGUGUCUCUUCUCUUGCUCUUUCCCCUUUCUCGGUUUUCGCCUCUUUUUGUUGUCCUUGUGGUCUCUUGUUCUCUGUGUUCUCUUUUGUCUUCUGUGGGGUUCUUCUUUUUCUUGGUUCUGUUGCCUUGUGUAUCUCUGUUGCCCUUUUUCUUUGUGUCUCUGGGGGGGUUCUUUGUUCUCCUUUUUAUCCCGGGGGGGGUGUUCUGUUGUCUCUUUUUUGGGGGGGCCUCCUCUUUCUGUUUUUCUCUUGGUUUCUUGUGUUCUCUGUGUAUCUCUGUGGUUUUCUUUUUUCCUCUCUCUGUUUUUCGGGGCUUUUUUGUAUCUUGUUUUUAUCUCUGUGUUCCUGGUUCUCCCUCUCUUGUUCUCUUUCUCUUUUCCCCCUUCUCUCCUCUCUCUGUGUCCUGGUGUCCGUGUAUCUCUGUGUUCUCUGUGUGUCCCUUCUGUGUUCUCGUUAUCCUGUGUAAACUUCUGGUGUCUCUCCUCCUCUGGUUUCUCUGUGUUCCCCUUUGUCCCCUUUUACUCUGUGUGUCUCUUUCUCUGUGUAUCUCUGUGUACUCUUCGUCUCUCCUCUCUGUGUUUUCUGUGGGCUCCCCUCUCUCUGUGUAUCUCUGUGUGUCCUGUGUUUUCUUUCUCGUGUAUCUCUUGUGUCCCCCUCUGUGUUCUCGUGGUCCCCUUUCCUUUCCCCUGGUCCCCCCUCCUAUCUCUGUGUGUCUCUGUGUUCCCUGUUUCUCCUCUCUCUUUUGUUCGUGUUCUCUUGUUCCUCCUCUCCCUGUGGGCUCUUUCUCUCCCCUCUCUGUGUAUCUCUUGUGUCUCUGUUUCUUUUGUUCUCUUUUCUCUGUUUUCUCUUUUUCUGUGUCCUCUCCUCCGGGCCUCUCUUUUCUCCCCCCUUCGUUGGGCUCUGUGUUCUCUGUGUUCUCUGUGUGUCUCUUUUCUCUUGAUCUCUGUUUCCUGUGUGCUCUUUUCCCCCUGUGUGUCUCUUUCCUCUGUGUUCUCUGUUGUCUCUUUUUAUCUCUUGUUCCCCUGUGUUCUCUUUUUUCCUUUCCCCCUUUUUCGUUGUCUCUGUUUUCUCUGUGUGUUUUUGUAUUCUGUGUGUCCCCUUCUCUUGUGGGGGUCUCUGGGUUUUUCUUGUGUCUUGUGUGUCUCUGUGUAUCUUUUCCCCCUUUGUGUUCUCUUUGUGUGCUCUGUGUAUCCUUUUUGGGCUCCCUUUUCUCUGUGUAUCUCGUGUUCCCCCUGUGUUUCUCUUGUUGCCCUUUUGGGCUCUUUUUCUCCCCUGUUUUCCGGUGUCCCCCCCUUUUUCCCCCUUCUCUGUUAUCCUGUGUUCUCUGUGUUCUCUGUGUUUCUCUGUGUAUCUUUGUACUCUUUUGUGUCUCCCUCCCCCUCUGUUGUCUCUGUUUCUCUGUGGAUUCUGUUUCUCUGUGGUUUUCUGUGUUCCGUUUCUCUCCUCUCUGUGGUUUUCUUGUGGCUCUGUGUCUCUCCUUCUCUUUUAUCUCUGUGUGUCUCUUUUUUGUUUUUCUGUGUGUCCUGGUUCUCUUUGUCCCCCCCUUUUCUCUCCCUCUCUCUGUGUGUCUCUGUGUAUCUCUGUGGUCUCUUGUAUCUCUGUGUGUCCUGUGUAUUUUCUUGUGUCUCUGUUUUUUCUCUUUUUUCCCUUUUUGUCCGUCCCCCCUUUUUUUUGGUUGGGGGGAUUAAGGAACCCCAAAAAAAAACUUGAUUUGCCUUUUUGGGUCCUGGUUUCCCUCUUUUGGGUGAAUGGUAAACUCUCUUUUCUCUUUUUUUUUCUUUCUCCUUCUCUCUCCCUCCCUCCUUUUUCUCGUGGUUUGGGGACUCUAAAUUUGGGGGGCCGUGUUUCCUUUUGGGUUUCCCCGGUGCUUGCCCCCCAAUGAACUUUCCGGUCCCCCGCCCCCCCUCCUGGAAAAAACCCGGGGGGAACUUUGGCCCUGUGCCCUCUCCAAAACCCGGCCGGGGCCUCGGUGUUUUUUUUGUUCCCGAUUCCCAACUCGUGUGGUGUUUUGUUUUUGUGUUGUGUAUGGACUUUGCCCUCUUUCCCUUUUUGUUUUUUUCCCCUUUCUGGUGUGUGGGGGUUCCCCUUUUUUAUCCUUUUUUUUUGUUCUCCGUUUUUUUUCCGUGUCCUUGUGUGUUUUUUGUGUUUCCCCUGUGUACUCGGUGCCGUGUAUUCGUUUGCCCCCUGGGGGUCGGGCCCCUUUUCUCUCGGGUCCGGUGGGUUCUCUCCUUCCUGGCCCCCUCCUGUUUUUUUUUUUUUUUUUUUCCUUUUUUUUUCCCUUUUUCUUCUCCCUUUUUCUUUUUUCUCUUUCUUUUUUUUUUUCGUUCCUUGCUUUUUUUUUUUUUGUUUUUUUGGGGGGUUUUUUUCUUUGAUUUUUCCCGCUCUACCCGGGGCUCCCCCCCCUUUCUCAGAUGAAGUGGAGGAGCUGCGUGCAGAGAUGGAGGAGGCGCGGGACAGCUACCUGGAAGUGGAGGUGCACCAGGUGCAGGAGUUACGCAGGGAGCUGGACCGCUCCAAUAAGAACUGCCGGAUCCUCCAGUACCGCCUCCGUAAGGCGGAGCAGAAGAGCCUCAGAGUGGCCCAGACUGGACAUGUAGACGGAGACCUGCUACGCAACCUGGAACAGGACCUCAAGGUACGUGUUGUUGUUACCGAGUGGCCCAGACUGGGCGUGUGUGUGUGUGUGUGUGUGUGUGUGUGUAUGCGCACGUGUCCUCGUCCGUCCUCUGUUUUUCAGCUGUACUGGUGUUCAAUAUACUUGUUUCAUGCACUGUGUUCAUGUACUUUGUUCAUGCACAGUGUUUAUGUACUGUGUCCGUGUGCUGUGUUCAUGUGUGUGUUUCAUAACCUCAAUGUGUCACCGUGCAGGUGGCCAAAGACGUGUCAGUGCGUUUGCACAACGAGCUGGAGAGUGUAGAAGACAAGAGGACCAGGGCGGAAGACGAGAAUGAGCUGCUGAGAACAGAGGAUCAUCGAGGGAGAUCUCUAAACAAGCUCUACACAAUGAACUGGACAAACUAG